CAACAUCCGAGAGGUUGUUCCUGGUGUGUGUACUGCCAGAGAGGGAGUAUACUAGUCAGUCAAUUGUCACACUAACAUCCAGUGGCUUUUGUGGAUGUUGUGGGGUUUUGACUGGGCAAACAAAAUCUCACUUGCCUCAGGAUGUUUCUGUUCUCCAAAAAGAAGAAACCCAGUGAGGAUUCCAUAAAACGCCUGGAAUACCAGCUAUGCCUGGCCAAAGAAGCAGGUGCUGAUGAUGUUCUGGACAUUUCUGCCUGUGAGCUUGCAGAGGUUCCCUCCAGUGCCUUCUCCAUAUGUAAAGUCCUCCAGAAGAAAGUGUUAAUUCUUCAUGGAAAUGACCUGAGGUCACUUGUUCCUAAAAGUUGCUUCAUUGGUGCCUUAGCAACUUUAAAGGUGUUGGACCUGCAUGAAAAUAUGCUCACAUCACUUCCUGAUGACAUCGGGCAGCUUUUGUCCUUGCAGGUGCUGAAUGUAGAGAAGAACCACAUUAAACAGCUGCCGGACUCUAUAGGGGAUUUACGGUAUCUACAGACACUUAAUGUGAAAGGGAACAGCCUUACUGACAUUCCUGUGUCUGUGGGACGCAUGAGUAGCCUGCGUACACUAGACAUAAGUGAGAACAGCAUUAGAGAAUUACCUAAAGAACUGGCCAGUGUUCGUACUUUGGAAAGCCUGAUUCUGGAUGCACAGGUUAUGAGAUAUCCACCUGCAUCAGUGUGCACGGCCGGCACAGAGGAAGUGCAGCGCUACCUCUGUUCAGAGAUGAGUCUGGAGUAUUGCCCUCCAUCCCAGUAUUUGCUGCCUGUGCUGGAGCAUGAUGAAGGGAAGCAGGAGAUGGAUUGUGUUGAUGGUGAAGAGAUGGCCUGGCAGAGCAAAUUCAUGGACUAUGAGAAAAGAAAGGUGCAGAAACAGCUGGAAAAGUUGAUUUUUGAGAAAGAUCUUGAAGAGAAACAGAGAGAGCACACUCAGCUCCUCCUCCUCAACAACUCCCACAAAGAGGAUGUCCUGCUGUCUGUCAAACUGUCUCUGUGCUUUUCUGUCUCUCAGGAGCAGCAACGGUUGGAGUUAGGUGUGUCUCAGCAGCAGAAGGCCCAGGAGACAGAGAGGCAGAAAAUGCUGGAUAAAGUACAUCUGGCAGAGAGCAAUAUCAUGAGUCGCAUCUCUGACCUCCUACUUGAUAACAAACGCCAGGCAAAGAGCGCCGAGUUUCUGCAAGCUCUGGAGGAAGACCGUAUACGAAUGGAACACCUUACUGCCAUCACACAGGAUGAAGCCAACUCUCUUAGGAAGAAGGAAGUGGCAAGUGCCAUGCAGAGGAUGCUGUCAGAGAGCUACUCUUUAAGGUUACUUCAGGAGGCCAGGGAAGCCAAGACACAGAUUCUGUUGUCUGAGACCUGCAGGAGUUUGGACUAUAUGGAUAGGAAGUUUGACCAAGUGUUGUCCCUGCAGCAGCUAGACAAAAGCAAAGCCAUUAGUCAGAUCCUUCAAGAGGAGGAAAUGCAGAAGGCAGCCUUUGAAGCCCUCCAACUCCAGAAGGACAGUGUGCAUGCUUACAUCCGUAAUCAGAUUAAACUCAUAGAGACAGAGUUAAUGCAGUUGACAAAGCUGGAGGUUAAGAGGAGGAAUUUGGACACUGAGAACCUGCAGGAGGUGCUGGCUGACCAGAGGACUGCUCUGACUGACCUACUGCUGCAGUUACUCAAACAGAAGGACCAAAGGGAGGAGGAGCUCAGGAUGGUUUUGGUGGAGAUGGAGCAGAAAAGUGAAUCCAAUCAGCAGAACUACUGGAUGAUCCAGUAUCAGAGGCUCCUGGAUGCCAAACCUCUGUCUCUGCGGAUGCAGGAGGCAGCUGUAGAUGCAGAUCUGGGGAAUCUGCUGUGUAAACUCUCUGCUCAACACUACCUGCCAAUCAUAGCUCACCACCGAAUCACUGCUGAGGCCUUGCGACACAUGACCACUAAAGACCUUAGAAAGUUGGGGAUCAAUGAGGUUGGCGUGCAGAAAGCUCUUCUCCACUGGGCCAGAGAACGCACUCUGUCUGAUCCAAAAGAGAUACAGGAAGCUGGUCCAUCCACUCCAAGCACCCCACUUCAACAGCAGCUCACUCCUCCACUGACCCCCAGCACCCCCCUCACCCCCACUGCCCCAAGUCCUGAUAGAUGGAGCAGUUCCGAGUGUGUGGUGUGCAUGGAACAUGAGUCACAGGUGAUCUUCCUGCCGUGUGGACAUGUAUGCUGUUGCCAGACCUGCAGCGAUCCCCUGCAGUCCUGCCCUCUGUGCCGUGGCUCUAUAUCUCAGCGGGUCCGUCUUUACCACGGCUAAAGCUGGCGAGUGUCCUACCAUGACACUCUUCAGUUGACAAGUAUUCUUCCUCUACUUUAUCUUCAUCUAUGCCUGAUUCAAGCUCCCGAGGUUCUGAGA